UCGCAAGGCGCACACGCUGCAAACACUCCCUUCUCCAAGCUCCCACAUCCCGCACCCGAAAUCCCGAAGAAAUGGACGACGACCUCGGCCUCGGCUUCCCGGGGGCCGGCGGCUACGACGCCAUGGCCGGAUCCGCCACCGACGACGAGGAGGACGACCAGGCCAUGAAGAGCCUCUACGCCGGCGCGGCCCCGGCCCCCGCGGAGGAGGAGGAGGAGAUCGACGAGGGGUACGCCGUCGCGGCGAUGAAGGCGGGGGAGGAGAGGGGGGUCGGGAAGGAGGGCCUCCGGAAGAGGCUGGUGAGGGAGGGCGAGGGGUCGCAGCUCCCCGGCGCCGGCGACGAGGUCGAAGUGCACUACACGGGCACGCUGGCCGACGGCACCAACUUCGACUCCAGCCGGGAUCGCGGCGCCCCCUUCAGGUUCACCCUCGGCCGAGGCCAAGUUAUAAAGGGAUGGGAUUUGGGCAUCAAAACAAUGAAGAGGGGCGAGAAUGCUAUUUUCACCAUCCCACCAGAGCUUGCAUAUGGUGAGGAUGGCUCCCCUCCAGUCAUCCCUCCAAAUGCGACGCUGCAGUUUGAUGUUGAGCUUCUCUCAUGGGCAAGUGUCAAGGACAUUUGCAAAGAUGGCAGCAUAUUUAAGAAGAUACUAGCUGAAGGCGAGAAGUGGGAGAAUCCCAAAGACCGUGAUGAAGUUUUUGUUAAAUAUGAGGCAAGGCUUGAGGAUGGGACUCUUGUUACAAAAUCUGAUGGCGUUGAGUUCACUGUGAAAGAAGGGCAUUUCUGCCCUGCUGUAUCGAAGGCUAUCAAGACAAUGAAGAAGAAUGAGAAGGCCCUCCUUACAGUCAAACCACAAUAUGGCUUUGGUGGGCAAGGCAGGCCAGCUUCUAGAGGCGAAGCUGCAGUCCCCCCUAAUGCUAUGUUGCAAAUUGAUCUUCAGUUGGUGUCCUGGAAGACAGUCACUGAGAUAGGCAAUGACAAGACGAUUCUGAAAAAGAUCCUCCAGGAGGGUGAAGGCUAUGAUCGUCCCAAAGAUUGUUCAACUGUCAAAGUGAAACUUAUUGGGAAGUUGGAUGAUGGCACCAUGUUUGUAAAGAAAGGUCAUGAUGGGGAAGAGCCAUUUGAGUUCAAGACUGAUGAGGAUCAGGUGAUUGAUGGGCUUGACAAAGCAGUGCUUAGCAUGAAGAAAGGAGAAGUUGCCUUUGUGACUAUUCCCCCAGAGCAUGCGUUUGGAUCGGAUGAAACAAAGCAUGAUCUAGCUAUUGUUCCUCCUAACACAACUGUUUAUUAUGACAUUGAACUUGUGUCCUUUGAUAAGGAGAAAGAAUCAUGGGAGAUAAAAGAUAAUGCUGAGAAGAUUGAAGCAGCUGCUAAGAAGAAAGAUGAAGGGAAUGUGUGGUUUAAGAUGGGCAAGUAUUCCAGGGCUUCUAAGAGAUACGGAAAGGCUUUGGAUUUCAUAGAGUAUGAAAGCUCCUUUAGUGAAGAAGAGAAACAGUUGUCCAAACCACUCAAGUUGAGCUGCAAGCUCAAUAAGGCUGCAUGCAAACUCAAACUUAAAGACUACAAGGAAGCGAAGGAACUGUGUACCAAGGUGCUGGAAAUGGACAGCACAAAUGUGAAGGCCUUGUAUAGAAGGGCGCAGGCACACAUGCAUCUUGUUGAUCUUGAUUUGGCAGAGCUGGAUAUCAAGAGAGCACUGGAAAUAGAUCCAGAGAACAGGGAUGUAAAGAUGGGCUAUCGGAGGUUAAAGGAGAAGGUCAAGGAGUACGAGAGAAGAGAUGCCAAAUUCUACGGCAACAUGAUCGACAAGCUGAGUAAGCUGGAAGAUGAUGAGGGCUGCAGGAGCAGCCAGGGGCCAAGCAAGAAGCCUCGCGGCCUGUGGCCUCUGGCGCCGUUUUUCACGACCGAUGGCAGCAAGCUGUGGCUGGUCCUAAGGCUACUGAUCCCCGUGAUGAUAUUGGUCGCGCUUUGUGUCGCUUACUACGUGCAGGGCGGAGUUCAUGAAAUAGACUGCAUGAACUGUUGAUGCGUUGAUUGCUAUGCCCGGGUUCGCCUAGUGUUCUGCUUCCGUGUCAUGUCGUGGUGGGUCGAUUGCAUGCUCAUGGUAAAUAUAUUUGUUCUCUUGACUGUGUCUUGCAUGAACAAUCAUUUUAUGCUGGUCAAUGUUCAUUGUGCAUCUGUUUUGCUGUGA